UUUAAUUUAUCAACUAAAUAUUAUUAUUUUUAUUUAUUUUAAGAAAUCUAAACACCUCCCCCCUCCCCCCGUGGUGGUGCGCGCGGAGCAGUGGGUGGUACAGCAGGUGUAUCAGUGUGUAUCAGUGUAUCAGUAGUAUCGGGAGGCUGAGGAGCUCUGCAGGUUCUGUAGCGGGUAAAGUGGCUAAAGUUCCUCGAUGGCAUCAGAACCGGCGUGCAGGUGAGCGGUACCUGUCCACAACCGGAUCACCGGAUCACCGGAGGACUCCUCCGAACCCUCGCACCGACCGCGCGCUAUUGUUCCGGCCGCUCCGCCGCUCCGUUCAACACUUUCUCUCCGCCGCGGUUUCGGGUCGCGAUGUCCAGAAAAAAGGGCUCGAAGAGUAAAGCGAGCAGCGGCAGCCCGUCCACCGCCACGCCGGCCAAGGAGAGCAGCCGCCCGGCCAGGACCAGCCUGGUGCCCGGGGUCCAGACCAACGGAGUGGUCCACCCGAGCCGACCCCCGGUCAGCAGCAGCAGCGAGUUCUACGACAUCGCCUUCAAGGUGAUGCUGGUGGGCGACUCGGGGGUCGGGAAGACCUGCCUUCUGGUUCGUUUUAAAGAUGGAGCUUUUCUGGCCGGCAGUUUCAUCUCUACAGUGGGCAUCGACUUCAGGAACAAAGUGCUGAACGUUGAUGGAGUCAAGGUCAAACUCCAGAUCUGGGACACUGCAGGACAGGAGCGUUUUCGCAGCGUUACUCACGCCUACUACCGCGAUGCCCACGCUCUGCUGCUGCUGUAUGACGUCACCAACAAAGCUUCGUUUGACAACAUUCGGGCCUGGCUGUCAGAGAUUCAUGAGUAUGCUCAGCAGGAUGUGGUCCUGAUGCUGCUGGGUAAUAAGGCUGACGCUUCACACGACAGAUCAGUGAGGAGAGAGGAGGGCGAGAGGCUGGCUAAGGAGUUUGGGGUACCCUUCAUGGAGACCAGUGCUCGAUCGGGACUGAAUGUGGAUCUGGCCUUCACUGCUAUAGCCAAAGAGCUGAAGCACAGAGCCAUGAAGGAGCCGGACGAGCCCAAGUUUAAACUACACGAGUACGUCAACAAGGAGAUGAAGACUGCAGGCUGCUGCCGGUCUUAAACCUCACAACGACGACUCUGGCUGCUGAUGCUGAAGCAAUGGGAAUUUGGUAAUUGGGUUUUCAAAUUGGGUAAAACACAGAAGAACAUUAGUAAAAAUUUCCUUUUUAUUAUUUUGUUUAGACCCAGCAGAUAAAGAAUAAGAGUAUGUGUCCUCUUCAGCUCAAACCUGUCUAGUGCUUUUUUUACACACACAAACACACACACACACACACACACACACACACACACUCCAUCACCUCUACAGUGCCAUGAGAAGUGGGCAGAAGUACCCGUCCACCAUGAAGCAUGGAGAGCCUCGUGAGCCAUCCGUUUUCUGUCUGUUUAAAGCCGACGCCACGUGACAAAUCAGAGCGUCGGCGAGUUUUAGAGCGUGACCAACAUGAGAAACAUGACUGUAAAUGCAGUUUUACACAAACCCUCACAUACAUGUUUAAACACCAGCAUUUAUUUCAAAACAUACAAUAAAAAUAAGGCAUUUUCUAGGGGUGUAACAAAGCGUCAUGACACGAUGUGGGAAUUCUGCUAGUGCAGGCUGGAGAGCCAGUGGGCGUAAGCUAAGGGCGGAGCAUGUUUCAUGUUUUACUAAGCCAAUCAGCAGCCAGAGUCAGCUGUCCAUCAAUUUUUGCUUUUUAUUAGAGUUAGUCAUGGAUCUGAUUCAAGUAGAAAUAUUUCAGUAAAGACAUAAAGACACAAAAUAAUCUAUUUAAUUGAGUAAUUAAUUUAAUUUCCUUUGUUACCAUCCACCACUAUAGCUUUAGCUUAGAUCACUUAAAAAUAAGUAAUUAAAAAGUGAGAAAUUAAAAAGCACAUUAGUUUAAGAUAAAACAGUUAUAAAACUAAAACUAAUAAAUAGUUCUACAAAUAUUUAUACAAUGUGCGUUUUGUGUUGUUUUUACACUUAAUAAAUACAAAAAGAAAAAAUGUAUCCUCAUUUUUUGUCAUUAAUUGUUUUUUUGUUUUUUUCAAAUAUCGUGUGAAAAUUGAUUCAUGAAUCGUGAAUCAUCACUUAAAAACAAGUGAUUAAAAGUGAGAAAUUAAAAAGCACAGUAGUUUAAGAUAAAAACAGUUAUAAAUCACUUAUAAAAUAAUAAAUAUUACUACAAAUAUUUAUACAAAGUGCUGGCUGCUGAUGCUGAAGCAGCAUGACCUACUGUACUCUCUC